AUGGUAGCUAAGGAAGGUGUAAAAGCAGGAGAAGAUGAUUUGGCACGUGUUCCAUUACAAGCCAUUAUUAUAGCUGACAACUUGAACACGAAGUUCAGACCUAUCACCCUGGAAUGCCCAAAAGUUCUUUUACCAUUAGUGAACACCCCCAUGAUCGACUACACAUUAGCAUGGCUGGAAUCUGCAGAUGUUGAAGAAGUUUUUGUGUUGUGUUGUUCACAUUCCAAACAAAUAAUCAGCUACUUAGGCCAGUCCAAAUGGGUCAACGAACCAAACUUUUCAGUCACACCAAUCGAAUCCCACAAUUGUACAAGUGCUGUUGAUGGUUUACGUGAUAUGAUUAAAGGUGAUUUCAUACUUGUUAGUGGUGAUACAGUAAGCGACAUGAUGCUCACACAAGCCCUUAAAGAACACAAAUAG